CCAGGUGGGAGCGAUGAUUGGCCGCAGGGCCCGCCCUCCAGCCAGCCCCGGCGGGCUCGCGUAGGCUGCGCGCUGGGGUGGGAGGAGCGCGGCUCCGCUUUGGGAGCAGCCGCUGUCCCCGUCAGCCCGCCCGCCGGUCCCUCCUGCGGCCCGCCUGCUGGGCAGGGCCGGCCCGGCCCAGACAUGGAGUCCUACGACAUCAUCGCCAACCAGCCCGUGGUCAUCGAUAACGGUUCGGGGGUGAUCAAGGCUGGCUUUGCUGGAGACCAGAUUCCCAAAUACUGUUUCCCAAACUAUGUGGGGCGGCCUAAGCACAUGCGGGUGAUGGCUGGAGCCCUGGAGGGCGACCUCUUCAUCGGACCAAAAGCAGAGGAGCACCGGGGGCUGCUGGCCAUCCGCUACCCCAUGGAGCACGGCGUGGUGCGGGACUGGAAUGACAUGGAGCGCAUCUGGCAGUACGUGUACUCCAAGGACCAGCUGCAGACCUUCUCCGAGGAGCAUCCUGUCCUCCUCACGGAGGCCCCGCUGAACCCCAGUAAGAACCGGGAGAAGGCGGCGGAGGUGUUCUUUGAGACCUUCAACGUGCCGGCCCUGUUCAUCUCCAUGCAGGCCGUGCUCAGUCUGUACGCCACAGGACGCACGACGGGAGUGGUCUUGGACUCAGGGGACGGGGUCACGCACGCUGUGCCCAUCUAUGAGGGCUUCGCCAUGCCGCACUCCAUCAUGCGGGUGGACAUCGCCGGCCGGGACGUCUCCCGCUAUCUCCGACUGCUGCUCCGCAAGGAGGGAGCCGACUUUCACACCUCGGCUGAGUUUGAGGUUGUCCGGACCAUCAAAGAGCGAGCCUGCUACCUGUCCAUCAACCCGCAGAAGGAUGAGGCUCUGGAGACGGAGAAGGUGCAGUACACCUUGCCGGACGGCAGCACGCUCGACGUGGGGCCUGCGCGGUUCCGGGCCCCCGAGCUGCUGUUCCAGCCAGACCUGGUGGGGGACGAGAGCGAGGGGCUCCACGAGGUGCUGGCCUUCGCCAUCCACAAGUCUGACCUGGACCUUCGCCGGACGCUGUUUGCCAACAUUGUGCUCUCGGGCGGCUCGACGCUUUUCAAAGGCUUCGGCGACCGAUUACUCAGUGAGGUGAAGAAGCUUGCCCCAAAGGACGUCAAGAUCAAGAUCUCAGCCCCUCAGGAACGGCUAUACUCCACGUGGAUCGGGGGCUCCAUCCUGGCCUCGCUGGACACAUUUAAGAAGAUGUGGGUUUCCAAAAAGGAGUAUGAAGAGGAUGGCUCCCGUGCUAUUCACCGCAAAACGUUCUAGCACCUUGGGAAGAUGGAGCAUGUGGGGAGAGUAGGAGGACAGGGGCGCCAGAGCCCUCAGCCCCUUUAGGCCUGGGCUCCUAUCUAGGCUUAGAGUCCCCUGCAUGUCCAGAAGCUGGGAAGGUGGUGCAGCUGUGCUCUGUGCAGCCCUCUCCUACACACACACACACACACACACACACACACAGUAACGUUAGCUGCAUGGAUAGCAGUCUUCGUUGGAACGUGGGAACUGGGGAGCCCAGCAUUGGGUUGGUCUGGGUGUCUCCCUUCACGGGGCCUGUUAAGCCUGUGGUUCCUUGUUCCAACUCUUGGGGUGCUUCCCUGAGCUCCAGGGCCAGACAGCCAAGCACUCCAUUUUCUCUGACACACUCCCACCAGAGCCAGAGUGCCUGGACACCUGGAGCAUGGGGUGGAGGAGCAGCCAGCGACUCCAGCAGGUGCAGUGAGGUGCCACAGUGUGUCUCAUGCCACCCCCUCUUCCUGACCCAACAGGCAGCCCUAACCUUUUCACUCCAUCUUCCCUUCUUCCUGGGCAAAUGCCCUGGCACAGGGCAAGCACCAGGCAGUGCCAUCCGCGGUGAGAGGGUGUGCCAGGGUCAGGCCGUGGGAGCCACAGGCAGCCCCAGCAGCGGGGCCUGUUGCACUGUCCUGUCAAAGCACUUCACUGACGUGCUGCCCCCUGUCCUCCAUCCCUCGUACCCUGGGUGGCAACGGGUUCAUGGUCUUCAUUCUUUGAAGGGGAAGCCACUUAAUCCAGUGUCAGGUCCAAGGGGGAGGGGGCCAUUUCCUUCUGUCGCCUCCUCGGGGAAGUAGGGCUUCACUUCCACGUGGCCUGGACCCCACCUCCUCUCCCAGAUAAUGUACAAUAAUUUAUCACAGUUGCCUGAAAAAAAAACUUUUUUGUAAAUCAUUAUAGUGAGAAUUAUGGACAAGGCCCAUGUGUGGCUGUUUUCUUGUGGUUCUUUGUGCUGUUGUUGGCUCAGCCGUCCCCGGGGACUGUGAGAGAAGGUGGUUGGCAGGGCUGUUGUCACCCAGGAGCAGAAUUCCCCAGCCUCGUUACCUGCCUGACACAGUCUCCCAGGGAAAGCCUUGGCCCUGGACAGAGCCUCUGCAGCCGCGUCCUCACCCGAUCUGUCUGAGCGAGUGCCUGUGCAUGCCCGCUCUGAUGGCCAAGGUGAUGGACACAGGCAGUGAUGCAGGCUCCACGGUUCAGACAGGUCCUGAUGGGGUGGGGGAGUGAUGAGGGAGAGGAGCUGGGAUCUCCAGGAAGAGGCAGAGAGCAGAGGGAGCCGUGGGAAGUGAGGUUGGAGAAGGUCUACGCAUUUGAGAAUCUGAGCACCUGCCAUGUGCCUGCAGGAUAUGUCACCCCAACAAGUGUACAGGUCGGGGAGCCAGGCAAGCGGGCCACUGCAGUACGGAGUUGUAGAGAGCAGGACAGGUGAGUGACCCACUUGGGGCAGGUGGACUAGCAAGGGCCUGGAAGGUUUUACCUUAAGGUAAAGCUUAAGGCUCGAGGAGAUGCCUGGGGCCACUGAGGCACAGACCCAGUUUAUAGCUGAGAUAAACCGAAAAGG